AUGAAGAUCACGGUGCACUCGUCCAAAGCCGUCACUCCCGACUACGCCGGCUGCGGCGUCGCUCCGGGCAGCACGGCCGACGUCGUCCCUCUCACCGUGCUCGACAAGGCCAACUUCGACACCUACAUCUCCGUCAUCUACGCCUUCCGCCCGCCCGCGCCGCCCAACGCCGUCCUCGAGGCCGGGCUCGCCAGGGCGCUCGUCGACUACCGCGAGUGGGCCGGUCGCCUCGGCGUGGUGGACGCCAACGACAGCAACCGCCGCGCGAUCCUCCUCAACGACGCCGGCGCGCGCUUCGUGGAGGCCACGGCCGACGUGUCCCUCGACAGCGUCAUGCCGCUCAAGCCCACGCCCGAGGUGCUGUGCCUGCAUCCGAGCGCCGACGACGGGCCCGAGGAGCUCAUGCUCAUCCAGGUCACGCGCUUCCCCUGCGGCUCCCUCGUCGUGGGGUUCACCACGCAGCACAUCGUGGCCGACGGCCGCGCCACGGGGAACUUCUUCGUCGCGUGGAGCCAGGCCACCCGCGGCGCCGCCAUCGACCCUAUCCCCGUGCACGACCGCGCGUCAUUCUUCCAGCCCCGCGACAAGCCGCUCGUCGAGUACGAGCACCGCGGCGUCGAGUUCAAGCCCUACGACCAGGAGGCUCACGGCGCAUGUGAAGCUGUCCACCAUGCCCUUGCCGGCGACGACGACGAAGACGAGGUGGUGGUAAAAAAGAUACACUUCAGCCGGGAGUUCAUCUCCAAGCUCAAGGCGCAGGCGUCGGCGGGUGCGCACCGCCCGUACAGCACGCUGCAGUGCGUGGUGGCGCACCUGUGGCGGACCAUGACGAUGGCGCGCGGGCUCGACGGCGGGGAGUCCACCAGCGUCGCCAUCGCCGUGGACGGGCGUGCGCGGAUGAGCCCUGGGGUGCCGGACGGCUACACCGGCAACGUCGUGCUCUGGGCGCGGCCAACCGCCACGGCGGGGGACCUGGUGACCAGGCCGGUCAAGCACGCAGUGGAGCUCAUCAACCGGGAGGUGGCCCGGAUCAACGACGGGUACUUCAAGUCCUUCAUCGACUUCGCCAGCUCCGGCGCCGUGGAGAAGGAGCGGCUGGUGGCGACGGCCGACGCGGCGGAGAUGGUGCUCAGCCCCAACAUCGAGGUCGACAGCUGGCUGCGGAUCCCGUUCUACGACAUGGACUUCGGCGGCGGACGGCCGUUCUUCUUCAUGCCCAGCUACCUGCCGGUGGAGGGCCUGCUCAUCCUGCUGCCGUCCUUCUUGGGCGACGGGAGCGUGGACGCCUACGUGCCGCUCUUCAGCCGUGACAUGGACACCUUCAAGAACUGCUGCUACACCCUCGACGUCUAGCUCUGCUUCUCUCGCACCUACUUGCCAUGCCGGAUUCGAUCACGUUUAGCUAGCUAGCUGCAUGCUUCUUUGAUUUAAUUACUAUUAUU